AUGCCUUCUCAUCUUCAUGGGCAAUGGGCGGAAGAAUUCGUCAAAUUCACGGGCAGCACGUACAAACUUUUGAGUCUGAGCAAAGAAGCAGACUUGAAGAAAACGACGGUCAGGACCAUCCUGGAGACGGAUGUUUGCUUGUGCGACUACCAGCUGUUUCAAAGAGCCUUCUAUUUGAAGCGGCGCCACGAGCUCGGCGAGCUCGGAGCUACCGCCACUCCGGAAGCAAACUUGCAAGACGAGUUUGGGGCCAAGAAGCCAGCGGACGACGCCUCGUUCAAAGCGCUGCAGUGUGCAACCUUCAACUUUCUCCAACAGCCUGAGAAGCACAGCUGGAGACGCUUCCUGAAGGCUUUGCACGGCAUGAAGCACAUCGCCAACAUGGCAUCCCUACUUCGGAUCGAGCUGGCCGGUCCUGGCAGAUUGCGGGAGAAUCCCGUGCUGGCCGAGAACUGCGGGCGUUUUCUGGAUUCGUGCGUCCGGCAGAACAGCGCGGAGCUUCCGAAGCUUCGCAUCAUCCAGCAUCUGAAGUUUGUGCGACAUACAGCGCAGGAGCGUGCACUCUACCUGUCGGCGUGCAACAGCGACGCCGACAGCGAUGGCAUGGGCAUCGCACGGAAGCUCUUGCAACUCUGCUCCCAUUUCUCCCCGCAGGAACUCGCAAAAGACGCCGACGAGGCAUGUGGUCGCCUGCUGAAAGCCAAGCAGCAGGAGGCUGCGAUGGCUAAGGAGGAGCUGAGGCAAGCAGUCCUUUGGUCAGAAGGGCUUCGGCGCCUUGGCAACAGCUUGCCGCUGCGACAGCAUGCGCCGACUGCGUCACAUGAGAUGGAGGAGGCGGAGGCCAUUUUUUCUUUCUUGGAAGCGGUGCGCAAAGAAGCCAGUCGCCUGAGUCCAGCGGAGCAUCUGAGGCUCCUGAAGGGCGCGGGAUCCUCCUGGCAGCGCAGGCUCCGGCAAAAGCUGCAGAGAGCCAAAGAGAAGGCGGAGAAAGCUCCGAAGGAAGGGACGGAGUCGGAGUCCAAGGAACUUCUUGAAGAAUUCAGUGAGGCCCUUGACUUCGAAGUCCGUGCCGUGAAAAAUCUCACGGAAAAAACGCGGCGCCUUCGCUUCCUUCAGCGCACCCUGGCUCUUGUGGGAAGCGAAAACAGCCCGGAGACCUCCAAUCUGCGCUCCUGCAGCAUCUGCUACGAGGACAACCUCGAACUUGAGCAGCUGGGCAUCACGCCAUGUGCCCAUGUCUUCUGUCUGCGUUGCCUUCACGAGCAAGUCGCCAAGAAUCAGCAGUGUGGCCUGUGCCGGCAGCCCCUGAAGAAGGUGGAUAUCCAGCCGUUGAUGCUGGAAGUGAGCCAGGAAGGGGAAAGAACUCAAGAAGGCGCAAGCCCAAGCCGCUUCGGUCAAUUCGGCAGCAAGCUGGGAGCCAUCGUCCUCCAACUGCAGGAGAUCAAGGACGAGGAUCCCUUGGCCAAGUGCAUCGUCUUCUGCCAGUGGGAGAGCUUGCUGCAGAACAUCGCAGCUGCUUUCAGGACCUUUGGCAUCCGCUUUGCCCGACUUGAUGGCUCGGUUUACGCACGCACACGGACGCUGGCCAACUUCAAGGGAAGGGACUCUGCUUCGGUGGACGUGCUGCUAUUGUCUCUGGAGCAGAGUGCCAGCGGAACCAACCUGACCUGUGCCAAUCACGUCAUCUUUGUGCACCCCAUGAGCGCGCAAACACAGCAGGAGUCCAUCGCUUUCGAGCUCCAGGCGAUCGGCCGUGUGAGGCGCUGGGGCCAAACUCGCAAGGAGAUCCACAUCUGGCGCUUCUGCACCGUGGGCACCCUGGAGGAGGAGAUCACACGAAAGCAUCAGAAGGACUCUCUGCUCUCGGAGGUUUUGUUAUAA